CUGUAGAUGCUCCAACCUUCCUUCCCAUUUCCUACAAACACUUCUCUGCCUCCUCUUCCUUCACCCCCUUCCGGCGCCUCCAAACCCUAGCCCGUCGAGCCAGCCGGAAGAAGCGGCGAGACAUUAUGGGGUGGGCCGCGCGGUUCCUGACUGCGGUCUCAUUCCUCGCCGCGGGCGUCCUCUUCGCGCCGGACGCGCUCUUCGGCGGGGCCCCCGGCCGCCCAGCCGCGGGCGUCGCGGCGGCGAGGCUGGCCCAUGUACUCUGCUUCGCCACCGCAUGGGGAGCCGCGCUCUGGGUCACCUUCAUCGGCGGCAUCGUCAUGUUCAAGCAUUUGCCAAGACACCAGUUCGGGAGUCUGCAAGGGAAGAUGUUCCCAGCAUACUUCAUGUUGAUAUCGGUGUGUUCAGCUAUAUCGGUUGCAGCAUUUGCAUACCUCAACCCAUGGAAGACAGCAUCAACUAUUGAGCGUUACCAGCUUGGUUUCCUUCUUGCUGCCCUCGGUUUUGACCUGUCCAAUCUUCUGGUCUUCACCCCCAUGACUAUCGAGAUGAUGAUGAAGAGGCACAAGAUCGAGAAGGAUCUUGGCAUCGGUGGUGAGGUGGGACGGUCAAGGAAUGCCGAGUUAGCAAAGACAAACCCUGCACUCGCAGCGAUGAACAAGAAGUUUGGGAUGAUCCACGGGCUGUCGUCCCUGGCAAACAUCAUGGCAUUCGGCAGCCUGGCCAUGCACUCAUGGUACCUAGCGAGCAAGCUCGAGUUGUGACUGUUGAAAGUUAAGUGAUGAGUCCAUGUAAUGACCUCUCUUCUCAGCUGGUGACAGGAGCUUAUAGUCUAGGCUGUCUACAGCUAAAGAAAGAGUAGUGUGAAAACUUUGCAUCUGAUGUUGUGACUUGGGAUAAUAAUGUACAGAGUGCAAGGAGUGUCUAGCUGUUUAA